ACUCUCAGGGCUGCUGGGCGGCGACAGGCGGGGAGUGGGGAUGUCUGUAUUUCGGGACCCCUCGCUCAGCCUGGGCCUAGCCCCGACUUAGGGAGAGACGAGCGCAAAGAAGCGUCCGGCAGGCCUGCGGGGACCAGGCUUUCCCGUUGGGCGGAGCCCGCGGGCGGACGCGUUGUUUUCUUAUGGAGGCUUAAUCGGCCCCCUCUGAACCAGGAGGAGGGAAGAAGUGUUUUUGAUACCAUACUCAGUUGUUGUUGUUAUUGGUUUAAGGAUUUGCCGAUUGUCUUCGUAGAGUCCUGGAGUGUCCCCAAGGGACAGGGGAGUGGUUAGUGUCUUCGAUCCCGUAUUCACUUGCUUUUAGUGUCGGUGAACCUAGGUUAGGCCUAUCGCUGGAUCACCCUCCGCUUCUUUUGCACUUAAUGUAAUAUGGCACUAUCAUCUAUAAAGUUAUCCACAUUUCUUGAGUCUCUGGCUCUUCGUGAAUUUAGGUAAGACUUCCAAGUUCCUCCUUAGGGCUCUCAUAGUGUUUUGUUCGGGACAUUAAAGCUCAAAUCACAGUGUAUUACAGUUGUCUUCUCAAAGUAGUUUAUGAGCCGAGCUUACAUUUUACUCGAUUUCACCCCUACCAAGAGAUAGCCGCUGUACCUAUCAGGUAAGCGACUCGUAAAUGUUGAAAGAAAAAAAAAAGUGUGGUGGGUUGGGUGGAAUAUGUGAUUUUCAUUUCACAGUGAAGAGAGUUAAGUGACUUGCUUAAGAGAAUGUUAGAGAUGAAACCAGGACUAGAAUUUGAGUUAUUGGACACCCAGCCUGUGGUUCUUGCUAUCAGAUGUGGCUUUGAAACACUGAAACUAAGGCCUUCUUACUCUUUGGUGUACCCCCACCUUGCUGUCUCCAGCAGAGGUCUCUAAAGAUCAAAGACAGGUUCAGUUUAAGAGUUGAGUGAGAUCCCAGAGCUGCCUAACCUGCUAACACUAGGGCUACAUGAGAGAAGCAAAGCAAGAGCUCCUGGGACGUUUGAGUUCCCCACAUAUCUCCUAUUCAGCUUUUGUUUGAGCCCUUUUGGCCCUGGGUGGCCACCUGGAUGGGUCAGUUAAGACUUCUGAGAUGAGUCUGGGGAAGGAUUUCUUAAGUUUGGCCCUGAUUUGUUUUCUCCCUCACUUCUAGGCUAGGGUCAGAGAACAGGUUGGUGGGUCAAGUUGUGUCGGCUCUGAGGUUCCAUCUGUGGUAAGGGGUUACUCUUGACCUGGGCAAAGGGUUGAGAGGGAGAUGAACCAUGGUCCCUGCCCUGUGGGAGGUCCAGAUGUGAUGGAAACACACCUAGAGUCUCGCAAGCCCUGAGCAGUAAGCAGAGAGCAAAGUGGGCAGCUGAGCCUUGAGUGAACUCAUGAUGUAGGGAGUAGAGCAGAGUCCACCAGGAAAUGCUCCUUCCUAGAAGGUAGUUCUAAAUAGAAUCAAAAAAGAUGGGAUGGACAGAGCUGAGCAGUUGUUUGUUGACUACCUAGUAAAAACAAGGACCUUGGAGAUAGUGAAGGAAAUUGAACAAGACCUGGCCUUUGGCUCAAGUAUAGUUGGGGAGACAAUCUGUGAAUUGACAAAGAAGCCACUAACCAUUGUGACAUGCAGUGGUUCUCAGGCUUCACCAACCAUCAAAAUCACCCGAGGAAGCUUGUUUAAAAUACAGACUCCCAGGCCUCAUGCCAAACCUGCUCUUGUGUUGAUUGUGGCUGGGAAGCUAUUGUAAAUGCUGCAGUGUCCUGAGGAGGGAAGGCUUUACUAGAGGGCUAGUUUGAGCUGCCUCUUGAGGAAUGGUAUGAGUUGGAUGUGUGGAAUGGGGAAGUCAUAGUCCUGGUUGACUUAAGGAGUGUAUUUGAUUGGGUUUGUAGAAGUGGCACGUGCAGUUUUGGGAGUUGGGGUAAGGAAGGCAUUUGAAAGUGUUGAGUGGGAUAGGCUGGAACACUGGGUUUGCAUGGGAGUGGUGAGAAGAAAGUUUGGAAGGAAUGGCCUUUGCAGGUUACAAAGCUUGCUUGAUUGCUGUCUCUGCCUGCCCCCCUUCUCCCCAACUAGUUACACAUAACAUCUCAUUCUGUCCCUUACCAAUAUUAUUAAGUGGAUAUUAUUUGUCUCACCUGAGGAGGAUUGCCUGUGGGGAAGUUCACUCUGGAUUAGGUGAGACCGAAUAAAGACAAUGGAACACUGAGGGUAAAAGGGUUUAUACCAAGCUUUAUUAUUCUCACAUUGGCAGGUUGGCAUGUUGAAUGCUGGAAUCAUGUCUGCUUCUGGCAAGGCUGCAGUCCUUUUCUGUCUUUGCCUCUGGGCAGAGCACUGGGCGGAGCUCUUUGUAAUAGUCACAUGGACAAUAAUGACUCAUUGCCAACAAGUGUGUAAGCAUUGGCCAACUACAUCAAGUAGUUUAGGGUUAGGUGAGGAUCCUGGCCAUAGGAACUUCCAUUUUCCCUACAUUAUUAUUCCUAGUAUUUAGAUCAGGAAGUCACAGGCUCUGGCCAUGGUUAUGUAGCUUGUAAGAGUCUAUUCCAAGUCUUGGUAGUCAUCCUACUCACCACAGAGGGUUCUAGAAUGUGGGCAAGAAGCUGGGCUGGGAUUGGGUGGUGGUUAAAUUAGCAGGGUGGCUGAUCAUCCAUCUAAGGCAAGAUGGUGUGGGUGGUUAAGGGCACAGCCUUGAGUCAGUUUGGGUUCAGAUCCCAGCUUUGUUACUUUGUUGCUUGGUUUUGCUAAGCCUCAGUCUUCUCACCUAUAACAUGGGAGCAAUAAUUACCACCUCAUGGGGUUGUUACAAGGCUCAGUAAGGUGUAUCUGGCACAGAGCAGUUGCUCGCCACCUGGAAGCUAUUGUAAUUAGCCCUCUGCAAUUAAUCUCUGGGCUGUGGCUGUGCACCUGCAUCAUACUCUUCAGCACAUUGGCUUCCAGGACGCAGCCCAUCCUGGCUGGGCUUGUCUUAUUAAGAAUGAUAUUAAAGGUGCUGAAAGUUUGCCGGCAGUGAAUAUUUAUUGAAAGCCUAUCAUGUGCUCGGCAUGGCCCAAGAACUAGUGACUUAGGGCUUAUGCCUGAUGGAACCGAGGUUUGGGGGGAGGAUGAUUGGUGUUAAUGGGUUAUUCUCACCAGCUGAUAUAUGAAGAAGAAGGAUACUUGAAGCUGUCAGAGGAAGGGGGCCCUUCAUUACCGAGAACUGAAGUGAGCUCAGUCCUGCCUGGAGGUGACGGUGACAUGGCUGCUCCCCAGGCUUUCCCACUGGGACCCCUCCAUGAGCCUUCAGGUGCCCAGAUGGAGUCCCAACCCUGCCUUCAAAGCUUGGCUGGGGGCUUUCUGGAGGAGGAGCUUCGGCUUAAUGCUGAGCUGAGCCAACUGCAGUUUUCAGAGCCUGUGGGCAUCAUUUACAAUCCUGUGGAGUAUGCAUGGGAGCCACAUCGCAACUACGUGACCCGUUACUGCCAGGGCCCCAAGGAAGUACUGUUCCUGGGCAUGAACCCGGGACCCUUUGGCAUGGCCCAGACUGGGGUGCCCUUUGGGGAAGUGAAUAUAGUCCGGGACUGGUUGGGCAUUGGGGGGCCUGUGCUGACCCCAUCUCAAGAGCACCCUAAGCGACCAGUGCUGGGACUGGAGUGCCCUCAGUCAGAGGUGAGCGGUGCCCGAUUCUGGGGCUUUUUCCGGAAUCUCUGUGGACAGCCUGAGGUCUUCUUCCGCCACUGUUUUGUCCACAACCUGUGUCCUCUGCUCUUCCUGGCUCCCAGUGGGCGCAACCUCACCCCUGCUGAGCUGCCUGCCAAACAGCGAGAACAGCUUCUUGGGGUCUGUGAUUCAGCCCUCCACCGGCAGGUGCAGUUGCUGGGGGUACGGCUGGUGGUGGGAGUGGGGCGGGUGGCAGAGCAGCGGGCACGGCGGGCUCUUGCUGGCCUGAUGCCCGAGGUCCAGGUGGAGGGGCUCCUGCACCCCUCACCUCGUAGCCCACAGGCCAACAGGGGCUGGGAGGCAAUGGCCAAGGAGCGACUGAAUGAAUUGGGGCUGCUGCCACUGCUAAUGAAAUGAGUACCCCUAUGGUCUGGGGUAGGACACAUUCAAGGCCCCUAAGUCAUUCUUGGGCAAGCAAAUGACUACAUGCCUCCUGGACCAGAGCAACAAGAUCCUCCUUGGCUCUCUGGUUGCUGGGACCCAGCACAGAAGUUCUGACACUACUCGUGCUUACCCUGCUGAUUCUCACUUUCUUUACCUUCUUCACCUUCUGAGUGUUGUUGCCUCAUUGGUCCUGUGGUACCUUAACUCCACAGAGGACCAGCACCUGAAGAUUGCUCUACCUCAGUUUCCUUGGGAGCCUCUGUCCACCUGCAAGUGACCUAAACAAUGACUUCUGAGGUUGUAUUUGCUGUUUCAGAGAAAAGAUUUUGCCAGAUUCCCCCAUCCUCAUAGACCAGCUUCUGUCAAGCUGACCCCUUUCCUAACAGGGACCAGGACAAAGCAUGGGACGUGGAUGGUAAGAGUGAACUUAAUGGGGGACUGAGGCUGGCUCAGAGAGAGAGAAUUCAGUGUGAGAUAUUAGGAAAGGCCAGAAGACCUGGAUUUUCAUCCCAGCUUUGAGACUUGUGAACUUUGUGACUUUGGACAAGUUGAUUAACCGCUUCAAGCCUCAGGAUCCUUAUCUAUAAAACAGGGACCCCUACCUCAAGGGGUCGGUGUGGAGAUUCACUGAGAUAACACUAGAAAGUGCUUUACUUAGUGCUUGGCACAUAGGUGCUUAUUACACCUCUUCUUGCUUUCUUGCCUCUGGGUUGGGGAGUCCCUGCAGUACAGAGGAAGCUCCUCGACUCCAAAGGCUUUGCUGGGGGUUGGGAGGUCUGGGCCUCCCCCUGUGGCCUGGGUGAGGGGCAGAUUCUUGCCCUGGCAGAGAUGGCCCAAAGACUUUAUGAAAAACCAAGCCUGUGAUUUUUCAGUCUAAGCAUUAAAAACUCUUAAACACUUC